AUGCGACGGCUCCAGCGCACCCGGCGCGGUCCGAGCGUCAGCGACCUCGACGUCGACGUGCCGCUGACGUGGUCCAAGGUGCUUCUGGCGCUCGCGUCUUACUGUCUCUUCUUCACGGACAUUCCACGGAGCGGGUACGGCUUCAGAGACCUCCCGUACUUUGCGACGACCGAGACUCAGUUUGCCAACUUUGGCCCGUACGCGUACCCGAUCAUCGCCAUCGAGCGCCACGUCAACGGUUCGGUCCAGAGCUCGAGUCCAUUCGCCACCGUCUGGAGCUACAAGUUUGACACGUGCUCGGUCGGUCUCCGCACGGUCGUCGCGUCCCUCGACGUUGCUGGCUGGCACGAGUGCUUGGCAUACGCGCGUCCUUGCGCCAGCUCGAACGUGCGCCCGGAGGACUUGUUUGGGAUGCUCGACAAUGUUGUCACGGCGGUGCACGCCCACGGCAGCUGCUCGUGGCGGGUCAGCUACUACUUUGUCGAUAUCAUCAACGACCUCUUUGCGUUUGGGGGCAUCAAGGAGCGCGACUGGCGGCGCGUGCAGACGCAGUACGUGACGUCGUCGACCACGGACCUCUGCGAUCCGCGGCGAGAUCAACUGGCGUUCUUUUGCGAGCAGCCGUGGACCGACUUUGGUACCUUUGGUGGCGUCGCCGUCCGCCUCAUGCCGGCAAUCCAAGCGCAACUCCAAGCCGCCGAGCGCCGCGCCGACCGUACGACGCAGCAUGUCGACAUGGCGCUCAUCGUUGGAAGCGACGACCUGCGUCCGUGGGCCGGCGGCUUUGCGAAAAGCUACCUCAGCGCGUUCGAUGUCGUGACCCUUCUCCGGAUUCAAAAUUGCUCGAAUGUCGCGCGAAGAAUCAACUGCUCCACCGUGUACGUGUCCGACUACCGGUACGAAGGCGGUCUCGGGCGCACGAAUACCCGCGCGUACUACCGCCUCACCGCUUGCUUGCGCACGUUUGGCCAGCUCUACAACAUUGGCCGGACACUGGCGCUCGUCUAUGGGUGCUACGUCGCACGGCGCCACGAGCUCAAGUACCGAAACGCGCCCUUCCUCCAAGCACUGUACGCAGCACUGACCAUGUGGCUUCGCAUUCCGGCCCAAGUGGUCAUCUACGGCAGCUGGUUGCCCGUGCUCGUGUUUACACUAGCGCAUGCGAUCGACGCGCCGUUCUUGUACUUGGCCAUCUACAUGCAACUCGGUACGCUCAACGGGACCUUCUCCUUUGGUGAGCGCAAGGUGUACGACUUGAUUCUGCUGCUCACGUGCCACAUGCGCAACGUCUGGGUGCUCAGCCUUGGCGUCAAGGCGAUCCUCGUUCUCCAUCGUAGUGACCGCCACCGCCAAGCGCUGUACGGCUUCCGCGGCUACCUCCUUCCGCUCAUCUCAUUUCUCUCAAUGGUCUUUGAAAUUCGCCUCAUUGCGCUUCGUGAUACGAGCCUCAUUGACGUCCGCCGCGUCGUUGCUAGUCACGAGAUGGCGCUCAUAAGGGAGCUCCAUGCGCUGCCGACCAACUACCGGUUCUGGGGCGUUUGCUCGGACGUCAAGAACCUCUUGCUCUCGUGGCUCUUAAUUUAUGGCUGCGUCCGGCUAUUGACGCGCUACGAGGUCGCGUACGCAACGACCAUGCCGUACACGCUGCUGCGGUUCUGCCACCGGAGUAUGUUUACGACGGCGUGGCAUGCGUCGGCGCGCGAGACGUCCAUGUAUCUGAGCAAAGUCCACGCGCAAAUCCAGCUCCACCCCGGCCGGCGGUCGCUCUACAAGCUCAUGCACAUCACGUGGAUGACCGACCCGUUGCAGUACGCGACGCUGCUGUGGACGCGCCCGAUCGUCUGCGUCUACCGCAUGCGCAUCACGGGCGCCGUGCUGCACCAUGCGCUCACGCCCCACGAGCUGCUCCAGCUCGACGCGUCCUUGCGCGAGCGCGUCGAGUGGGCAGGCGACGUCUACCUUCUGGACUUGCCGUGGCACGAGCGCAUCCGCUGCUAUUAG